CGCUCAUGUAGCAUUCAGGCCACGUCCGGUAAGAGUCCCGGCAUCAAAUUCUCGAUCAAUCGACCUUCGGUGGCCCCUCCUCCUCCACCACCACCAGCGUUUCGUGUCCAAGAUUCGCCGCUACCUUUCCUCCACCACCACCGGAACCUUGGGUCUUAUGGUCAUGGGCGAAGCCAGGCACGUCUCACGACCAUCCGAUUCUCCCCAACGCGGUCAGCUCCACUUUUUCCCGGCGUUCUUGUCCAAAUCCCUGGGCGAAUUUGCUACGUGAGCAGGCUUCAAUCCAAUGGGAAAAGUGGGGACUCCCCUCUGCACAACUUCCGAAACAUGUGAUAUGGGAUCUGAAGAGGAAAAAGUCUCUCCUGUGAAGAGCAAGAAAAGAACAUUGAAGACUGCAUCUCAAAUCGAAGCACUAGAAAAAUUUUAUGAUGAACAUAAGUAUCCAUCGGAGCCUAUGAAAGCACAGCUUGCAGAAAAAUUGGGUUUGUCUGAGAAGCAAGUUCAAGGAUGGUUUUGCCAUAGAAGGUCAAAGGACAAGAAGCUAUCGGAUGAAGAACACACAAUUAGGAAAAAUGAACUCCAAAGUAGUGUGAAUGAUUGUGCUAGUGGUGUUAGGCAUGACUCUUGCAGCAGCUCAAGGCAAGGAGAACACUUUUAUGAUUUCAAAGAGGUGGAAAGUCAGAGGUUCCAAAGCCAGGCAUAUCCAUGUUCAGGUUCAGAUCUUAGAAAGCGAUAUUUGCUUGCAAGAAAUUUUAGUGUUGUGGAUGAUACAUCUUCAGGAAGCAGCUCAGCAUCACAAGAUAAGUUGGACCCUGAUAAGUAUCUUUAUGGCAUGAAAAACGUGAGAUAUUCUUCUACAGAUCAUGGGUAUGAAAACAUGAACAUAAAGGAUAAACCAAGAGUGGAGUAUAUGCCAGUUUUGGAUGCUCUCUAUAUGGAUGAAGCAAGUGAACACCCUUCAAUUCUAGCAGUCAAAACUAAACUUGGAAAGAUGUACCGCAUGGAUGGACCACCACUUGGCACUGAGUUCCAACCAAUCCCUCCUUGUGCCUUUGAUUCACCAUUGAGAGACAAUGGACAUGAGCCAUAUUAUAUGGGUGAUUCUAUCCAGCAGAGUUCCCAGAGAAUGCCAAGAUCAAGGACUGAUUGUCAUGCUGGUAGGAUACAUGUAAGAGCUGGGAAUGCUUUCCAUUCUAGUGAUUCAUGCUUAAGGGAAUCAGGUCACAUGGAAACUCUUCCUUCUCUAUUCCUCCAAAAGUAUGCAUGUGAUGCUCCAAUGUGGAACCCUGCGAAUCAAUUCAAUCAGAUGCCUGAUCUGCACCCUGAAAAGCAGGUGGAUGAAUUUUCUGAUAGUGAAGCAUCAGAAUUUAUCAGCAAUGAGUCAGAAGCCUGGUCAGCAGGUGGCAUGAGAGGGAUGCCUAUUACCAAUCCAGGUUACCAUGACCAUUCUUACAGUGGUAAUGUCAAUAAAAAAAGAUCAUCCUUCCUUCAGAUCCAUCCUCACAAGGUCUUCGCGAAUAUGGCAGAGGAUGAAGUGAACUCCACAAGAAAAUUGAAGAAAGAAAAGCUGCAUGAAAGACCCAGAAUCAACAGAGAAAAUGACUCCCCUGCUAUAUUAAGUUCAAAUCUUGUGAGACGAAAAAAAAAUGGUGGGAAAAUCCGUAAACAAGUGACUACACAAAAAACCGGUGCUGCUUUGGGUCAACAGAGAAUAAAGCCAGUAAAAGGGUUUACGGGUGAUAUACCAACCAGCUUUAGUGAGGAUGAAGCAGAAUAUACUGGCUCUUCUGUUGAAAGAUAGUACUAGGUGAAAAGACGAGGAUGGAGUUGCUUUCGUCAUGUUGGUGGAGAAACUAAGCGGUUUGGAGAAAUCAACUGUCUUGGUUACAUGGAGUUCAACUAAAUCAACUAAAUGCAUGCAGAAGAUGGAUGUCCAUUUUCCUUCAUCAUUCUGACCUGUCACAGCUCAGGAAUUCCAUAUUAUUCAUUGCUCGAGAUCUCCACCCAAAUUGAAAUCAUCUUUGCAGUUUGGCUAGAAAUAUUUUUCUGGGAUGAAUAACAUGAAAUGCCUCAGUAACUGGAAGGCAUGCUCACCAAACGAGGGGUCUCUCAAGUCUCAUCGAGAUGAUAUUUAACAUUCUCCGCCAAUUAGAACUUUCAACCUGUUAGAAGCUGCUAUGGUGUACAGGCUCUGUAAAGUUAGUCAGAUGUUCGUGGAACAAUGUAGUGUAUGUCUUUAUGAAGAUUAAUUUCAUUGCUUGACAGCGGUGAAAAUUAACCUGCUAGUGUAGCCAGCUGAGACUCAAAACGUGACAAAGGAUUUUCUUUUUCAAAGUCCUUUCAGACUUCAGCGCCUUAGAUACCAACAUGAUGCAUAAUCUAACAUCAAGGUGACAAGAAAUGCAAUGAGGCUCUUCAGAGAUUGGAGACGACUGCCAACAAAGAUCAGGAGGGUCACUAAUGGUGGAUCCGUGCAUCUACUGCUGUAAAAUUGCCUUCUAAAGUAUCUAGUCUGUUAACCACAGCACGGUUGAAGUUUGAACUCUUAAGGUGUUCCCGCUCAGUUGUGAGAAAGAUGACCUGUAAUUAUUUUUCCAAUGAUAGAUUACUGAAAGAUACUAAUGUAUUUUGAGUGUCAAACUUCUGAUGUACCGAGACAUCUAUGGAAUCCAUCCAUUGAAUUGCCAUCUGCCUGUAGAUUUUCAGGUUUUUGUCAA